CUAUUUGAAUUUAUCCGCUUUAUAGACCGGGCUUUGUGUGUAGUUUUUGCGACGGGAACCAUGUUUUUGUGUCGCGGAGCGAGGCUCUCGGCGACGGCUUUGGAGCUGGGUUUAAACUCCACGACCAGGGCAGCGGCGCAACUUAAAACAAACAGACCAGCUGACGUUACCUGGCCGUUGCGUAACAGCCACACAUUCAAUUGUUCCAGAUCGUUUUGUGGAUAUGUCCGUGGUGGUGGUCGGGAUGAUUCUGCACUUUCGCCUGAUGGAAAGAGAGAAAAGAGGGAGAAGGACAUGUUUUCCAUCAAAAACUGGGACUCGGUUCGUUUCAUAAUCACGCAUCGGGAACAAUUACCUCGAGUAACCCUGUUCGCUUUUAAUUUCUCCAACCAAAUUAUUUUCAACCCUACAUAUUGUAACACUAGCUUACCGCUACAUCGGACGAAUGGAGGCCAAAACAGACAGAAACGACAUAUAGCUGGACUUGAAACGGUGUUGUUUACGUCUGGCGCGGAGGUCUGCAAGCAUCGCUUCUGUCCCACGUCGACUGUGCAAAUGAGGGAUCUGUCCUCUGUUGCUGCCGCGCCGAAAGGCCUGGAAGACUCCGCCGCUGUUCUCAAAGGGGACCAGACUCCAAAGGAAGCUUCAGCCAAGGUCCCUGAGGAGCCCAAGGUACCGGAGCCCGAAGAGGACAAACCUAGCAAGGCCCAGCAGCUGAAGAAGGUGUUUAAGGAGUAUGGAGCUGUGGGAGUCUCUUUCCACAUAUGCAUCUCCCUCAUGUCUCUGGGAAUGUUCUACCUUGCUGUGUCUAGUGGGAUUGACAUGGCUGCCAUCCUGUACAAGAUAGGUUUUAGUGAAUCUCUGCUUCAGUCCAAGUUGGCGGCAGGGACCAGUACAUUUGUCUUGGCGUACGCCGUCCACAAGCUCUUCGCUCCUCUCCGAAUCAGCAUUACUCUGGUGUCGGUGCCUCUUCUCGUUCGGUACCUCAGAAAGACUGGCCUCUUCAAGACCCCCAACUCACCCACACCCUGAUUGGCAGACACCACCACCUCACCCACAGCCUGAUUGGCAGACACCACCACCUCACCCACAGCCUGAUUGGCAGACACCACCACCUCACCCACAGCCUGAUUGGCAGACACCACCACCUCACCCACAGCCUGAUUGGCAGACACCACCACCUCACCCACAGCCUGAUUGGCAGACACCUCACCCACAGCCUGAUUUGCAGACACCUCACCCACAGCCUGAUUUGCAGACACCUCACCCACAGCCUGAUUUGCAGACACCUCACCCACAGCCUGAUUUGCAGACACCUCACCCACAGCCUGAUUUGCAGACACCUCACCCACAGCCUGAUUUGCAGACACCUCACCCACAGCCUGAUUUGCAGACACCUCACCCACAGCCUGAUUUGCAGACACCUCACCCACAGCCUGAUUUGCAGACACCUCACCCACAGCCUGAUUGGCAGACACCUCACCCACAGCCUGAUUGGCAGACACCUCACCCACAGCCUGAUUGGCAGACACCUCACCCACAGCCUGAUUGGCAGACACCUCACCCACAGCCUGAUUGGCAGACACCUCACCCACAGCCUGAUUGGCAGACACCACCACCUCACCCACAGCCUGAUUGGCAGGCACCACCACCUCUAAGACCUUGAAUAACCUUAUAAAUAUUCCCUGUUUUUUCAGAUAUGGCUUUUGUAGGAUUUCUAGAAUCAGGAAGGAUUCAUCUUUGAGGAGUCCAUCUAACUUGGAAUUCUUCAACGGUGAUUUCUACAGGAGAACAAACAGGGACUCUUUGUGAUGUGUUUCUGAAUUUGGAAACUCCUAGAUGACCCACGAGGCCCACUUUUAACCCACCCGUAAAUGUUCCUAUACAUUUUUAUUUUCUAUAUGAAGGUUCAGUAGUUAGACCUCACGAUGUCUGUUUCAAGGCUCUGCAGUUUCCGUUGGUUUAUUUUUUUGACCUUUAAGUUUUUGCUAAACAGAAGCCAUGGUCCAUGGUGAUUUUGUUGACCCGUUAGUUCACAAAGAAAUACGUGCCAUGUCUUUCUGUGAAUUAUUGGAAGGAAAUAUGAAAGAAUAAAGAAUGAAUCCACUGUU